CACAACCUCAAGUUAAGAAAUUUUUCAGUCAGAUUUUUCAAGAAGAAGGAAAUAAAGUCCUGGGAAAGAUUGAGGCUACAUUCAAUGAGAUGCCAUUAGCCACAUUCACCCUUGAUGAAGAAAGAUUGCUUGGCAGUAAGCUGCAGUAUGCCCUGGUUGGAAGAGGAGACAUAUUCAUCAAUCUCAACAUUCUCAAGAGCUUUCUUGAAGGGAUUGGGUUCCAAGGAGGAUUCAAGUUACGUAGACUGCUCAACAAUGAUGUACUUAUUCUCUCAAACAAAGAGGAGGAAUACCUGAGAUUCUUCAACCAUAUUAAGUUUUAUGUUUCCAAAUGGUCCCCUGAGUAUUCACCCCACCAAGACUGCUCUGUAGUUCCCUUAUGGGUUACCUUCAGCAAACUCCCCACACAUUUUAUUAACCCAGUGGCAUUAUUCACCAUUGCUAGCACCAUUGGCAAACCUUUACUCAUGGAUUUCCAAACUGCCAACCUUAUAAGAACCAAUGAGGCAAGGUGUUGUAUUGAAAUAGACCUUGCAAAACCACUCCCCUCUCAAAUUAAUAUUAGAAUUGGUCCUAGAGAUUUAGUCCUACCUUGCAAGUUUGAAAAUGUUCCAGGAUUCUGUGAGCAGUGUCACAAGCUUGGCCCUGAUGACAGUUUUUUGAAUCAGGCUCAAGCAAUUGAGCUUGAGGAUAUUGAAACAAUCAGAGACAGUGAGGAGAACUACAUUGAGGAUGCAGAUUUUCUGCUAUCUAUGGGGAUCAUUGCUCUACUGUCAGAAGAAUACUCUGGGAAGAUCUCAACAAAGCUAGCACAUAAAGGCUCCUCCUCUCCUUAUUAUAAGGACUUGGAAGAUUUUAGUGAUUGCAUUGAUGCUUGUGGUCUAACAGCCCCACCUUUCACUGGUGGAAUCUUUACUUGGAGUGGCACAAGAACUAAAGGAAAGCUUUGGAGAAGUAAUUACUGGGCACAUAGCCCUAGAACAGGAGGAAUGACUGGCUUUGCUAGUAAACUUAAGGGUUUGAAACCUGUUCUGGCCCACUGGAGCAAGAAUCAUUUUGGCAACAUUUUUGAGGAGGUUAAGGAUAAUGAAAUUAAAGCAGCCAGAGCCCAAGAGGAUUUUGAAAAUGACCCAACAGAGGAAAAGAGAGCUCAGGCUAAUCUAGCCUCAGCUAAUCUAAUCCUUAGCCUUAACAAAGAAGUGGACUUCUGGAAACAAAAGGCUAACAUCAAGUGGAUAGACAAUCAACUCAUCUGCUCUCUUCCAUCUGAAGCUGAAAUUUAUAAAGUUAUUAUGAAUCUUAAUCCUGAUAGUGCAGCUGGCCCGGAUGGUUUCAAUGGGUAUUUCUUUAGAAUUUGCUGGAAGAUUAUCAAGGUGGAUGUCAUUCUUGCCUGUCAGGAAUUCUUCUUGGGAUUUCCAGUCCCCAGAUCAUUUGGUAGCACAUUUAUUACCCUCAUUCCCAAGAUUGAAGAUCCGAAAGGGUUUGGAGACUACAGACCCAUAUCCCUCUCCUCCUUCAUGAGAAAAAUUAAUACAAAGAUCCUAGCUACCAGAUUGGCCACACUGCUGCCCAAAUUUAUCUCAGAAGAGCAGACAGGAUUUCAAAAGAACAAGGGUGUUGAGGAACAGAUUCUAUUGGCUGAAGAAAUGGUGCACAUGCUAGAUAAAGAGGUCAGAGGGGACAAUUGCAUUGUCAAGUUGGAUAUGGAAAAAGCCUUUGAUAGGGUGGAGUGGAGCUAUCUUAUUAAAAUUUUGGACAAACUUGGGUUCAACUUACACUCACAAAAGCUGCUAAUGGCCAAUCUAGUAGGUUCACAUCUCUCUAUUCUUAUAAAUGGCUCACCUGUUGGUUUCUUUCAAAUGAAGAGAGGGGUGAAACAAGGUGAUCCUCUCUCACCUCUUCUCUUUUUGAUUAACAGUGAGGGCUUCACAAGAAUGAUCAACCUACACAUGAACUCCACCUAUCUGGGCAGCUACAACACAGGAAAUCACCCAUUGAUAAGCCACUUGGCUUUUGCAGAUGACCUAGUGGUUUUCCUCAAUGGGGACACUAGAAACUUGAAAAAAUUUAGAAGGAUUUUAGAGGACUAUCAGAAAGGGCCUGGGCAACAAGUGAACCUUAACAAGAGCAGCUUUUAUACUGGGAAGAAGGUCAACCAAACUAAAAUUGCUUCAAUGUUCAGAAGUCUAUGUAUGGAUCAUGGGACACUCCCCUUCACUUAUUUAGGUGCAACUAUGGUUAAAGGCAAGUUAAGAAAACAGCAUUGUUCUAAGCUCCUGAAUCACUUUGACAGAUAUCUUAACUCUUGGUUUAGCACCACUCUCAAUCCCAUGGGGAGACUUGUGUUGAUCAAACAUGUACUCUCAUCCAUACCUUUACAUAUCACAGCUGUCCACACCAUCCCCCAAUCAAUUAUACAGAUUCUCCACAGAAAGAUGGCAAAUUUCAUAUGGGGAUUCAAGAAUGGUAAACCUAAAUACCACUGGAGCAAGUGGAACAACCUGUGUGUACCAACUAAUGAAGGAGGACUUAACUUGAGAAGCCUAGAAGAUUUACAGGAAGCCUACUCCAUCAAGCUAUGGUGGAAAUUUCAAACAGACAACACUAAGUGGGCUAAAUUCAUGAGAAUCAAAUACCUUAGACAGUCUGAUCUUAAGGAAAGAAUUUAUGACUCUCCAACUUGGAAGAGAAUCUGCAGAAUCAAUACCACUGCCAGGGAACAUACUUCAGAGGAAGGAGAUCACAUCAGCUGGGUAUCUAUCUGCCACCUCUACAAGAACAAUGAGGAAACCAUUGACCAUGUUUUCCUACAGUGUAAUUGGAGCCAGAAUCUGUGGCAUUUCUUUGCAGAAGCAGUAGAGGGACCAAGAUCAAGACAAUCUUUAACCCUAAACCAACACGUCAUGGAAUGGAACUUAUCCCACAGAAGAAGGACACUCAAAGGUCAACUACGCAUCAUCCUCCCAGGGAUCAUUGUAUGGCACAUUUGGAAGGAAUACAAUAGAAUAAUCCACGACAAUGGUUUCAUUAACAUCAACAAGGUUCGCUACAAAAUUCUAAAUACACUCAAGGAUUGGAGCUGGAAAAACAGACGGAAAAAAUGGAUGCUAAGGGAUAAUAAUCCAGCAAACCUGGGUUUCAAUUUCUUCUUCUUGUCUGGGAAAGAAUUGAAAGGAAGAGUUCCUGCGCUUCAGAUCGACCCACAGAGGAAUGGUGAAUGCUCGUAUCGCAGAGGAGAGGGCUAACUUCCAAGUUUCUUGGAGUGAGUACGAGGAUAGUUGGACAUCUAGAUUUGGUACUAUGUAAGAGUUAAAGCUUUUGUCCUUAUUGGUGCUACCUUUCCUUUUCAUUGGAUUUUGUGUUUCUUUGUAUUAUUCCUUACUUUCGGGGUUAGGUCAGGUCCCCCGAACGUGUUUUGAAUGUUUACUUUCGGAGCUUUGGUCUAGUCCUCUCCGAACGUGUACUAAAAUAGUUUAUUUAAUAAUACUUGGUAAGGGCU